AUGCGCGCUGUACAAGCUGACGUCCCUGGUGAGACCAUCAGGGCCGCAGCUCCGCAGAUAAGUCCUAAGUGGCAUUUCGGCCAUGCUUCCAUCACGGAUCUUGGUCCAAAGCUGGUGAUUGUUCUUGCAGCAUGCCAUAUAUGUGGAAAUAGUUCCAUAACUGUAGUCUUCAAUCAGUCGAUUGUCAUUACUGUAGUAUUCGGGGACGCGAUUUUCCGGUACCAAGAGUACCCCAUUAUGGCAGUCGCCAAGUCGAAGGCAAUUCUGAAGAGAUUCGAAGAGCUGCGUAUACUCGCGGCAAGGAUGGACAAAUCUACUCCAUAG